GAGCAGGCUGGAGAGCACCUGAUGCAGGGAGACUGUGCAUAGAAGGAAUCAGGUAACCUGAGUGGUAGUCCCAAUUCUCCACCAACUGCAUAACUUCAUGAGUUCCAACAAAGUGUGAAUCUUCUUUGGUCCUCAUUUUUCUUAUCUGGAAAAUGGGAGGUUUUUUAAAGAAAUUUUUAAUCCAAAGUGGUGAGACUUUCUCAUCAUCCCUAUAUAUUUUCUUCAGCAAAGUUUAGUUUAUGAGCUGCCUGCCCUGCCACCUAGCCCACUUCUAUACCUCCUCCCACUCAGGGAAGAUAAAGUAGGUAAUUAAUUGAUUUCUUGUGAUUCCAGGGAUUGAACCCAGGGCUUUGCACCUCAUGAGGCAAGUGCUUGACCACUGAGCUAUGUCCUUGGCUCAAUGCAAACUAUGAAAUCCAGGGCAAAAGAUGUCAUGGAAAAGAAGAAUCCAAGAAACAAGAUUUGCCCUAAAGACCCAUAUUGGAUGAGCUGGGUGCUUGAUCUCCCCAGUUUACUUUCCUGACUUCCUGUUAAUCCUGAACUGGGUCUCUCAUUCUUGGAGAGUUUUGUGUAACUUUUAGAAUCCCCUCUUUACCCAGGAAUUCUCAUGAUAUUAUUUGUUGGCAAGAUGACUUUGCUGACAUUUUGAAGGUUUGUUAGGAAUGAGUUGGUGACUUUGGCCAGAUUUUAAUUCUUAAUUCUUUUUCCUCCGAGAAGAGGAUUAACUAACAAAAGCAUUUUGUGUAUUGAGUAGGUUAUGGUUUGAUUAAUGUGAUUUGACUCACAGCCCAAGUAAGCAGCUAGGGACCCAUAAAACCGGGGUCAGACUUAUAAAUUAGGGAUAUAUCCCAGAGAGGCAGUGUAUUAGUGACUCUAAGAGCAAACUCCCUCUCUCUGAAUAUACCUGCCAGAUAACACAGAUGAUUUGAAAAGCAGGUGAAUUAAUGUUGCUGGAAGGCCGACAUCUCAAAGUCCCAGUUAGCCAAGUACCACUAGGUUGAGUAUCAAGGGGUGACGGAAACCAAAGUUGAGAUGCUAGCUCAUGUCUGCUGUUAUGUGGGGUGCUAAAGGGUAAUUCAUUUUACCUUUCUAGAUCCUCUCUGCUGGGCUCAUCUGCAAAAUAGGCUGCUAGCUGAGAUCACAGACUGGAUCAGACUGUUUGCCGUUGCUAGGGGUCUCGUUCUCCAUCCCCUGCACAUGAUGGGUGUGUGCUGCUGCCUGGUUUGGGGCUUACUGCCAUUAUUUUCUCUUCUGUGCCAGCCCAACAGAAGAUCUCGUGGCACAUAGUGGCGAAGUUGCUCUUCUUCCCCAAAACUACUCUGGAUCACUUCUGACAUAUUUUAAUGAUUUAUAAUGUAUUAUGGGUUCUUUAGAGCGGUGGUUUAUAACAGGAUUUGUGUUUGUUUUGUCUUUGUUCCAUGGAUCCUUUCGGGGUCCAAGGAAAAGCUGUGAGCCUUCUCUGUGGAAGAAGUGUCCACAUAUACAUUUACAUAAGUUUCAGGGUAUUCUUGAGCUCUGAAGGCUUAGAACCCAGGCCCAGAACCCAUCCUCAGAAAGAAUAUUCUGUUUACAAGUUUGAGUGGUGCUGUUGCUCUUUGGGAAAUGCUAUAGGAACUAGCACAGGAGGGGCGUAGGAGACCAAGCAGAGAGUCUCGGUGGCUGUGAUGUUCAAGAUAUGAAUGAGCCCUGGACACUUACAGCCUCCUUCUUGAGACAGAUUCAUCACUUCCUAGAGCAAAGCAGCAUCUUGGAGACUAGUUGUGUGCACCAUUGCCUGAAAUAAAAUAAUCUGCAAGCUUUUGGUUUCUAAAAUAAAGUGGGAACAUACAUUCUAGCUCCUGUCUCUGUUCUGUGGUAUGAGUCUGUUUGGAUGGCAUCCUCUGAAUUUCUCUGAGGAGGACACUAUCUACAUUUUAAAGUUCUCCGGUUUGGCUAGCAAAGUAAUUCUGUUCCUGACAAGGUUCAUCUCAAGGAGAUUGCAUUUUCAUACAUCACUUUUGCUAUUAUCCUCCCUUUCAUCUUUGCAUGCCCUUACAUUUCUCAUUCCCUUAGAAGAUCAUUCUGGGGAUGAUCCAUUACUGAAGUACUUAAUCCGUGGGAUACUCCCAUCAUUUCCUCAGUGUGACUGUCCUGGGUUAAUUCCUCAAAGGCUGUCAUAACGUGGGCCUCUAGCCUGGUUUAUUUCCCUUUGGUUUUGAAUUUUCAGCCUAGAAUUACUGAAUUAAUGGUAGAAGUGAAUAAGCACUAGCUGACAGCGUCCUUUGAGUUCUUUAAAAAUAUGAAAGUAGAUGAAAGUGGAAACAGGAUUCUGAUUCUAUUUUGGAUGCAAUAGCUAUUCCUGAAUCUCAUAAAAUGUGGUGGAGGGGAGAGACCCAAAAACAUUAAAUUUAAGUUUUUUUUUUCUUUUUUUCUUUUUUUUUCCUUGCUCUCUUACUUCACUGCUCCAGUCCCUGCUUCCCGUGAGCUCUAUCCAGGAGCACAGUAAUCAUUCCUGAUUUGGUAUGGUUUGUAAAAGCCGGCUCUUUCUUUUGUGGAAAUCAUUGACAUUUUGUUGUUUUGCUCACAAUUUAAGUGAAUGUAAUCGAUCCUAAGUUUCAGAAAAAAAAAAUAUAAUUGGAUUUCCAUUUUAAAACUUCUUUUAGUAAGUUUUAUAGCAAAUAUAAUAGUGGAUAGAAGAGAACGUAUAAACGUACGCAUACGACCAUCCAGCCUCAGCAAGGUCGGUAUACAGCCAAUCUUGUUCCAUCAACACAUCCUGGUUCCCCUUUGCCUUGGAAAUACGCUGACGCAAAUUCCAGACGUGUCAUUUCACCUGUAAAUAUCUCAUGUAUUAAAGAUGUAAGAAAUCUUUGCCAACGUAAUCCAAUACCAGCACCUUAAAAACGAAGCUUAAUAGCAAAUAUCUAAUCAGCAUUCACAGCUCUUUCAGUGGUCCUAUACUUUGUUUUUAUAGUUUGUUAAUGUGAAUUGGGAUUCAUCCAAGGUCUCUGCUGUGAGGUUGGUUGAUAAGCACUUAGGCUUUUGACCCAUAAGGUUUCCCUUCUGUUUCUUGCCAUUUUUGUCACCGUUUUAUAUUGGUAUUGAAGAAGCUGGAUUAUGUGUUUUAGUUUCCUAUAAUCUAGGUUUUGCUUAUCUGUUAUUUUUAAGGAAAUGAGUAAAACAAGUAUGUUAUUUUUAAAAAUGUGUUUUUAAGUGUGUGCAAAGUGAUUUCUUUACAUUUUCUCCCCCUGCCAUCUCUUUAUGGGAAGACCUUGGCCAGUUACAUGCAGAAGUGUCGCUUACGGGGUGCAUUUCCCGGCUGGCCGGAAUACACCAGCCAUUCCUCAUCAGUAACACCAGUUAUUCUGGGCAGAGAGUUGGAAGGGCGGGUUUUCCUGUUGAAUGUGCAGUGAGAGGCAGGAGAUCAAAUGUCCCAACACUUCUUUUUUUGUUAUGAGGAACGAGGAAUAUUCUCUUGAGGUUUGUUCAUUCCAGUAGAAAGAGGAUCUCAGAAUCUCUGGGUUGGGAAAGCUUUCCUGAGGUUACCUGACCCCAUCUGGCCACCUUAGCACAAGAUUCUAAUAUGAGGCUGUUCAUUAACAUUCCACAUCUUGCGUAAAUCCUUACACAUUUCAUGUUUUCUCUUUUUCCUUCAGAGAAAUGGAUUAUUAAAUUGAACCUCUUUCUGGUGCACACAUACUCAUGCCUGCAUAUACUUUAAGAUUAAUCUUGAUUCUUCCCCUCUGUCCUCUUCAGCACAUAACUCUGAGACUCUAUCCAAGUAUUUGUAUGUAAUAAUGGUUUUCAUGAAAAAGGAGAUGUUUUCAGAAGUAAAUUUUGAAUUACGAUGGGAUUAUUGCUGAUUGUGCUUUUUCAUUAAGCUAUAUAUAAUGGUUAAUUUGAUGUGUUAACUUGGCUCGGCCACAGCGUGUCAAGAUAUGUGGCUGAGCAUCAUCCUGGAUGUUUCUGUGAGGGUGUUUUUGGAUAAAGUUAACAUUUAGAUCAGUGGACUUUUGAGUAAUGCUUGAUUGCCCCCCACAACUUGCGUGAGCCUUAUCCAAUCAGUUGAAGGCCUAAAUGAAACAAGAAGACUGCUUUCCCUGAGCAAGGAGGGUUCUCUCUAGCAGAUGGCCCUCAGCCAAGAACUGCAUCUACUCUUGGUCUUCAAACCUGUCAUCCCAUCCUGUAGAUUUUGGAUUUGCCAGCCUCCAUAACUGCAAAAGCUAAUUCCUUAUAAUAAAUCUCUUUCUAAAUAUAUAUCCAUCCAUUGGUUCUGUUUCUCUGGGAAAACCCUGACUCAAACAGAGGGGAAAGGGAUAAAAGGGGCAGAUGUAUGUCCCAGAUUUAUUUGACUGUUUUUUAAGGAGGCAUUUUAUAUCAAAGAGAUGCAAAGAUCAUUGGCAAGGCCAUGAGAAUACUGAGAUUCUGGCCACAACUCUUCUAUCACCUGCCUUUGGGUGUGUAACUCUGACUUUCCCUUUCUUUGCCUCAGUUUAUUCUCUGUAAAAGGAGUUUGAACCAAGAGAUUUCCAAAAUGUUUGUAUUUCAUGAAUACAAUCAUUGAACAUCUGAGCCAGCUGCUGUAAAGCUUGUGUGAGGAUCAUUCUUCUAAGGAUAGCCUUGGGCUUCCCUUGCUUCAUAAGAAGAAAAGAAAAAAAAACUAAACAAGUUAAUGUAUAAAGGUAGUAAUUGUGGUAUAAUUUCAAGCACAGGGGACAAAAAAAAAAUUACAGAAGGAAUCCCUGUUUCAGGUAGAAUGCUCUCAUCAGUAAAUUUAGAAUAGAGAUGAGUCAUGUCUGCAUGAGGACCUUUAGCUUUGGUGACUUUUCACCUGAGUGCAGAGAGUCUAACUUCAAGUAUACUAAAGAUCUGCCUCUGCACUGCACUAAGUCUUAUUGUGCAAAGAGGGAACUGGGUGGUGAUGGUGGUGGAGGCUUGGCAGCUGUGACAAACUGAGGGGCCCUCACCCCAUCAAUGGACAGGAAAUGUCUGGCUACAAGGACAUUGUCCUCAUCUUGACCACAAAGAUUGGAAGGAGUCUGACUGGCGCUGACCUGUGGGUUUGUGGAUUGAUCUCUCUGUUGCCUUGGUUGUAUGUAUGUGUGUUGCUGGGUCCUGAUCCUAGUGCCUUGUGUGUGUUGGGCAAGUAACCUCCUCUUGUUAACUUGGGCUUCCCUCUCCCCACAAAAAACAGCAGUAACCGCAAAGCAGAAACCUUAUUAUUUUAGCUUUUGCUGUCUGGAGAGUGGUCAGCACUUAGCUGCAGUCAUCUUUUGGUGUUCUCUGUCUGGAAUUAAUGUUCACCUUACAUGCAGUCUGCCACUUGGGCAGCUGGCCUUUAAGGCUGGACGAUCUGAGUGUGUGACCUGGAAAGCCAGCUAAGGGGACAGUCAGCUGCCUACCUUAGAUGGGGACACAGUCUGUGUAAGAGGCAUGCCCUGCAAAGACAGCCAGGUAGCUUUGUCUUUUGAGAUCUUUCCGAAUGUUAGCUCACCAUGAGGCUGGGACAUUGACGGCCAUAUCCCCUGGGAGGCUAGUUGACGGUUUACUCGGUUGGUGCUUUAAAUGGACAAAUGAUUAACCCCCUGGAAUCCGUGGUUAGACCCCAGUUAUGGUGUUGAAGUCAACCUUUGAACCACGGGCUAAAUUUGUUUUUCCAGACCUCUAAUCCAAUCAGGUGUCCCUGUCUGGACUCUGGUAUGGAAAAUUCCCUUGGGAGACGGUGGUGGGCAGGGGGUAUGGGAAGUGGCAGGAGGAUGCCUCCAACUCUUGCUGGCCCUCCCAGCACCCCACUGAGGAGAUGGAACAAGAAGAUAACCAGGGUAUGUGUGAACACCAGAACUCAGAAGACAGAGCGAUGGGCUCCGAUUUUGAGAACACGGAGGACAGGGAAGGGGACCCAGAAGAAAGAGGAAUGGGCUUGAAUUCACAGGAUGCAGAAGAAAGAGGCCACCUGGAGCUGGAGAUGGGCUCCAACCCCCAGGAGGAAGCUCUAAGUGAGGACUUCAGGGGAAGGGAAGUAGUGUCCAACAUCUGCACAGAGGGAUUGCUGAGUGAGGAGGAAGCUGUUGCUCUCCAUGAGGAAGAUGAUCAGCCUGGUGUGGUUGACAUGGGGAUGUUCCCAGGUUUGUCGGAAUCAGACAGCAUAUCCCGGAGUCCCCAGGAAGAGGAGGAGGAAAGUACUGGAGAGAAUAGGUUGGAAGAGGAAGAAGAGCAGCCGCCACCUCCCAUACUUCCCUGGAGGCGCCACCUGUCCCUGGGAAGUCGCCACCGAGGUGACAAACCUGCUCACCGCCGCUUCCACCGCCUCCACCACCCCAUGGCCAUGGAUCUCGGGGAGCUAGACAGCCUGGUGGCUAGCAUCAUGGAUGCGCCCACCAUCUGCCCCGACUGCGGGGAGAGCUUCAGCCCAGGUGCCGCUUUCCUACAGCACCAGCGUAUUCACCGCCUGGCAGAGGCCGCUGCGGUAGCCAGCCUGGAGCCCUUCGGCCUGGCGGGCGAGUGCGGAGCUGUGGUGGGGAUGAUGGGGAUGGGCGUGGCGGGGGGCUUUGGAGCUGGGCCCGCACUGGCCCGUCCCCCGCGCGAGAAGCCCUUCCGCUGCGGGGAGUGUGGCAAGGGCUUCAGCCGCAACACCUACCUGACAAACCACCUGCGCCUGCACACUGGCGAGCGGCCCAACCUGUGUGCGGAUUGCGGGAAGAGCUUCAGCUGGCGCGCGGACCUGCUCAAACACCGGCGCCUGCACACCGGUGAGAAGCCCUAUCCGUGCCCGGAGUGCGGUGAGGCCUUCAGCCUCAGCUCGCACCUGCUGAGCCACAGGCGUGCGCACGCGGCCGCCAGCGGUGCAGGUGCUGCAGCGCUGCGCCCCUUUGCCUGUGGGGAGUGUGGCAAGGGCUUCGUGCGCCGUUCACAUCUGGCCAACCAUCAGCGCAUCCACACGGGCGAGAAGCCUCAUGGUUGCAGCGAGUGCGGCAAGCGCUUCAGCUGGCGCUCGGACCUGGUGAAGCACCAGCGCGUGCACACAGGAGAGAAGCCCUACAUGUGCUCAGAGUGUGGCGAGACCUUCAGCGUCAGCUCGCACCUCUUCACGCACAAGCGCACGCACUCGGGUGAGCGGCCUUAUGUGUGCCGCGAGUGUGGCAAGGGCUUUGGGCGCAACUCGCACCUGGUGAACCACCUGCGCGUGCACACAGGCGAGAAGCCCUUCCGCUGCGGCCAGUGCGAGAAGCGCUUCAGCGAUUUUUCCACGCUCACGCAGCACCAGCGCACGCACACCGGCGAGAAACCCUAUACAUGCAUUGAGUGCGGCAAGAGCUUCAUCCAGAGUUCGCACCUGAUCCGCCACCGCCGCAUCCAUACUGGCAACAAGCCGCAUAAGUGCGCAGGCUGUGGCAAAGGCUUCCGCUACAAAACGCACCUUGCACAGCACCAGAAGCUGCACCUGUGCUAGGGUUAGGUCGGAGGGAGGUCGCCCUCUGUGAAGCAUGUAGGGAAUAGGUGUCCUGGGGACAAACCCUAUUGAAAGAAGUAGGGAAGGGGCGGGAGGGGCAAGCUGAGAGUGACUGAGGAGCCUUUGAGUGUUAAGGAGUCCCCAGUAAGAGUUGUUAUUUUGGGGUGCUAUAUUUUUGCCUGCUUCCUCUCCAAGAAACUUUUGGGAGAUGUGUUUGAGUAACGACUUCCUCAAAUAUACCCUGUAGGGAGUGAAGGGGCUUGGAGGAAUAGGUGAUUUGAGGACCUUGAGGAAGGGGGUUUGGAGAGUGGGGGUGGGAAACAGGAUGGCAGGCAAUAGAGUAGAUUGGGCUACAAUGACCUGGGGGAAUCAGGGGAGGAAGUAUGGUUGGAGUGAGAAUAAAGUAUAAUGCGGGUAUAAAUAAUUCUGAACUGGUCCAACCAGGUGGUAAGCCAGUGUUUGCCCUGAGCCCCCAAAUCAGCUAUAAUCGAGGAGACUCUUGUCCAUCCUGAAGGAGAGGAUAUUUAGUAUACUCUUCCUUUCUCUGAGCCACAGUUAGCUGCUAUUUUGAGGCAUCCAAGGGAACCUGGGAAGAAAACUACACAACCUCAUUUCAAGGGGCGACUUCUAGGGUGUAGAAAUACAUUUGUAACUGGUUCUUAGAUCUCUUGAAAAAUCCUGCUCUUGCUUCUGAUUCCUUGGUACUGCCUUGAACACCCUCUAACUUUGUGCUAGGUCAAAAUCAUCUACGUGGUUGACCUGCCCCUUGCCCUGUGUCAGGUGUGUGCCAGGCCCAGUAUUUCUUUAAGGUGUCACUUGUGAUCAGGAAAAUGGAAUAAUCUCAGCUAUGUGUGACUUUCCCCUUCCCAGGUCAGCUUGAUGUCUGUGUUUCAAGUGAACCCCAGAUGGUAAACUGCUGUCCUAAUGAUCUGCUACAGAAGUCAGUUAGCUUAGGAGGUUUUUCUGGCAGUAUGUGAAAAAUCCAGGAAAGCAAAGUUCACAAGUUGGAAUGCAAGGCUCCUUUGUCUUUUUGCCUUCAAUUUGCAUGUGUGCCCUGUUACCCACUCACCCCCAACUCCAUUCAUAUUGAUGAGGGAUCUAGUUCAAGCAAGAAUUUCUUUUUUCCUUCAUGUGGAAGCACAGUGGAAAUCUCAAGGCUUUACACAAAGAGGGCAAAGUCAGGGAGAGGUGUAAAUGCAAAAUUGCCAAAUAGCACAAGCAAUGAAUGUUUUCUAGUUGUUAUAUAGAUGCCAAAAUAGCACUUUUGUAUUUGCAAAGUGCUUUAUGCUUUUUAAUGAUUGUUAGUUGUUUCUCACCUCUUUGUGAGCUAAAUCAGUAUUAUGACCUCUGUCUUAGGGAAAGCCUGGGGGCAGGAAUAUGGCAGGCUGACCUGAACAAAGGCUGAGGACAGUGUGAAGAGGUAUGGCCUCACCUUUUGUGUUCUCCAGCUCAGCUGCUAGGAAGACAUACCUGUCAUGAUUUAUAUAUAUAAAUAAGGACUGAACAUUUUUACCUUUGAUUGAAAACUCAAAGCUAGCCUAGAAGGGCCAAAGAUGUCCUUAUUGACAAAGCUGGUCUUUGUCACCUAAUUAGAGUGACCUAGUUAUGUUGCAUUUCUAGUAGAGGGCUGUAGUUAGAUGACUUUUGUAUAGAUUUCAGUUCCAUAUGCUGAAAGUCCCUUCCCUAGGUUAGCCUUUAGAAGUUAGAAUUGUGGGAAACAGUAUUGUUUUCUUCACUAACAUUUGUUACCCUGUACUAUUCAUAGAAGCAUCUUCAUAAACUGUUGGACACAGUUGAAGGGGGGUGGGGAUAAAGCUACAAGACGGUUUUUACAGUUUUAGCAAAGUUUCUGUGAAUGCUAGUAAUUUAUACUUGAUCUGUUGUAUUCUAGCAAAGAACUUUGGGGACUGUGGAAAAGCAUGUUUUUGUCAUUAUAAGAACACUGAAAAAAAUUCUGCAAAUUCUGGGUUUGUGUGUUGCUUGUUGAUCUUGCCCUCUGAAUUAGUUUACUGCUAUUCAUAAAUACAAAUAGAUGUUCAUACUAGGGAUAAUUUCAAAAUACACUAAUUCUUUUAAAUUUUCUUUUAAUCAAGAGUUAUACCAGCAAACUACAUUUCCAUUAUUUAUAAUGACUCUUGUAGUCUAAAUUGAAUACCAAGUGUACAAGAUCACCUAAAAAUAAUGUAGCCACUUUAUAGGUAAUCUUAUUCCUUUAUUUUUUUUUUCCCCAUGCACAUCUACCUCUUCCAUCUGUUUUAAGUUCUUUCAAGUCUGUGCCUGUGAAAUCUCUUCCAACUUUUGAUUACUCGUGGAUUGAUUAUCUACUUUACUGGUUGUUUGGUCUUUUGCUGCCGUCAUUAUGCACAGUCUCAUCAGCAUCAAAUAUAUUACAUAUCAUCAGCAGCUUUGAGAAGAGGGUUCAAUGGAAAGUGAAUAUGUGAAAUGAAGGCAGUAGAAAUCCUUGAACUUCAUUUGCCUCUGUUCUUUCUAUUACCAUGGAUAAGAGAAUCAGUCAUCAUGUCAAUGUCUUUUCUAUGAGCAAAGCCUUUAGCAGAAGAAAGCUGUAUAACCAUCAAAAUCCCACUCCCAGGGUGUAUUUAAUUUGUGAGUCCAUUUUUCUUACACUUCUUCAGGGAAAAUACCUGCAUUAAGUGAGGUUAAAUACAUUUAGGAGGUUGUUUCUUGUCUUAAGUUUUAGAAUAGUAGUAUUUUUUCGGUAAACCCUAUUAAUUGUAGUUCAUCCUUGAUGGUGUUAAAGAUUCCUUACUCCAACUUGUUGAUGAUGAUGGAGGCAAAUGAAUUAUUAAUAUUUGUUCCCUGGUGAGUUUGGUCCAGAGUAGGCUUCCUCUGCUGCCCUUCACUAAGCAAAACCUGGAGCAGUUUAGACGUGAAAUGGUUUUGAUUAAAUCUUGAGUUCUAAGUUGGAAGAAGAAAAUGAGAUGUUAACCCUUUGAGCCGUGUGGUCUCUGUACAAUCAAGAGGCUGUACAUAUGUGAAAAAAGUACAAAUUAAGAAUCUGUGUUCAUAGACAAUCUGAACUGUGUUUCUGAAGUUUGUGCACAUUUUUCUUCACUGUAAUGUUAUUUUACAUCUGUUUGUUAAAAUAGUAAUUUAAUAAUCUUAAGAGUAACAGGUUUUAUGUGAAUGUGCUUGUGUAUGUGAGAAUUGCCUUGUUUUCAGGUCAUUUUAUUUAAUGAUGGUUCCUUGGACAGUAUUCUAAUGUUCAUCAAUCAAUAUGGAAUAUUUGUCAUUAAAUCCUUAUCAGUCUUUUA